AUGGAUCAAUGGAGAUUCGUAUUCCAUUUAUACUUUCUUUUAUCCGUCGAGAUAUGUUUGAUCAAAGCCCAAGAGAUUAAGUUCUUUAGUGACUGUGUAUCAAACGUCGGCAAGUACAUCGACGGAAGCCCAUAUCAAACAAACCUAAGAACUCUACAAUCUACUCUUUCCACCAACAUCGGCCUCUAUGGAUUCCAAAACUCCAGCUUCGGCCAAGAACCCGACCGUGCUUAUGCCGUCACCUUCUGCCGAGCAGACGUCGAUCAUGACUCAUGCCAAAAGUGCGUUGCCGACUCUGUUCCAAUGCUGAACGGAUUAUGUCAAGGUUCAAAAGAGGCAAUGGGCUGGUUCGAACAGUGCAUGCUCCGUUAUUCAAGUCGCCCAUUAACCGGUUGGCUUUGGACCGAAAAUCGAACCUGCGUAUGGGAUUACUUCAAUUCCACCAGCCCCCAGCUGUACAGUGUAGCCGUGCGAUCAUUGUUGGACGAUCUCAGGCCUAAGGCGGCGGCCGGAGGGUCACUUCUGAAAUUCGCAGUUGGGAAUGCUACGGGUCCUGAUUCUCAGUCGAUAUAUGCGGUUGUACAGUGUACACCCGAAUUGACGGAGGAGCUCUGUAACACUUGCUUGAUGGCGGCGUUUUCACAAUUCUCCAGUUGCCUUAACAUAAGUAAAGGAGGUAGAAUUAUGUACCCGAAUUGUUAUUUCAGGUUCGAGAGCUACGUUUUCUAUAACGAGACUGGGGUAAUCGAUGCUUUAUCCAGAGAUCGGCAGCCGCCUCCAUUAUUAAAAGAAGGAACUAAUAAGAUCAGUAAUAGAAGGAAAAGAAUGGUGAUCAUCAUUGCAGUUUCUGUUUCUAGCGCCACACUUAUUAUAUUAUCGGUUGUUGUUUCUGUUUGGUUGAUCUUGGCCAGGCGACGCAGGAAAUCAUUACAGAAAACUGAUCAUGGAAUGGAUGAUGUGAACUUUGAGGAAGACACCUUACAGUGUGACUUUGAGACAAUUAAAGCCGCCACAAAUGAUUUUGCCGAAGAAAAUAAGCUGGGACAAGGCGGUUUUGGAUCCGUAUACAAGGGUAAAUUUGCAAAUGGGGAAGAGAUUGCUGUGAAACGACUGUCGCGAGAUAAGGGACAAGGUGAUAUUGAGUUCAAGAAUGAAGUCAUGCUGGUAGCUAAGCUACAACAUAGGAAUUUGGUUCGAAUGUUAGGUUUUGCUAUGGAAGCAUCAGAAAGGCUUCUAGUUUAUGAGCUACUCGAAAACUCCAGCCUCAACCAUUUCUUAUUUGAGACAACUAUUGGACUGGGAAAGGCGAUACAAGAUCAUAGGAGGGGUAGCACGAGGACUGCUAUACCUUCACGAAGAUUCAAGGCUUCGAAUUAUUCACCGUGA